AUGAGUUCGAUUGAUUUUUAUCUAUAUUAUGGUGGGGAGUCCUGCAGUGAUGUGACUUAUGGAGUGACAUAUGAAGGGCCUAGUCAAAAGAUAGAGAUUAUUCAGCUAAAAAAAGGGCGGGAGAUCAAUUUGAAGAAGUUGAAAAAGAAAAUUAUGAAAGAGCUGGAUUUGGACUGUCGGUUGCAUGACAUAAAAAUUAUAUAUCGUGCUCCUCAUGCAGUGUUCAAUGACCGUAUUGUCUUCACGCCUAUUGAAAUAAAAGGAAACAAGCAUGUUAAGAUUAUGUUUGACCGGAUAAACUCUGCACCCCAAUUAAAAGCUGCCGAGUUGUAUAUAAGUGUGGAGCCUCGUAUAGAAGUUGGCAGUAAAGAUGUGCAACAAACAACUUUGGAGGGUGGUGGCAGGGAAGAAUUCCAAUCAUUACAGACGGAUAAUUAUCCUACUCUUACCCUGUGCACCAUAGUUGGGGGUUAUACACCACCAUGCCAAGAGACAGCAACUCCAAUGGAGGUUUGUGGAUCUAGUUAUCAACAAGAAUGUAUUCAAAAUCUAGGGAGGGAAGACGAAGACGAAGAUGAUGUUGAUCAUGGUAGAGAUGAGUAUGAAGAGAUGAUUGGGAGAGAUGACUUUCACGAGAAUACUAUAAACUAUGAAAAUGUUGACAAUGUCCGUGAUGAUGUCGUGGAUGAUCAUGAUGAUGAUGCUAUAGGCGAUGGUAUAGGUUUGCAGCCUGCAGUCCCUACAUAUGAAGCUCAUGGCCCAUCAUUCCAUGCAAACACUUGGGAUAAUAUAGUUGAUCCUUCAAAUAUUGAGAUACCAUUUUUAUCAAGUUGGGUGCAGGGAAUGAAUUUUAGUAAAGGGUUGAUUUUCCCUAAUAAAGAGGCGGUGAGACAAGCAUUAAUAGUUUACUCUAUGGAUAACAACAAGAAUUAUAUAACUGAGUGGUCCAACCAGCAAAGAUUGUGUGUGAAGUGCUCGAAUGAGUCAUGUGCAUGGAAAGUCCGAGCAUUCCCGCAACAGAAGCUUAACGGGUUAUGGGCCGUCACAGUAUACGACGGUCCUCACACUUGUCCAUCAAUUGGGGUGAACAAAGAUGACAGAAUGAUGGAUUCCAAUUUUCUUGCCAAAGAACUUCAUACAUAUGUACUUGCAGAUUACACCAGCAAAAUAAAGGAUCUCCAAAAUCUAAUGAAGGAAAGGUUUAAGCACAAUAUAUCGUACUACAAGAUAUGGGAUGCGAAACAAAAGGCUAUUGCAAACAUACACGGCAAUUGGGAAGAGUCGUAUCAAAAGUUGCAGAAGUUGUUGUUGGCAUAUAAGGAUAGCGAUCCGGGUACAUAA